AACCAGACUAAUUUCUGUGUAAAGCCACAAUGCGUGUAUGUGUGUGUGUGUGUGUUUGUGUGUGUGUGCUCGCACAUGUGUCUAUCUGUACCGUCGCCUACUUCAGGACAGCCUGAACCUCAACUGCAUCGAGAGCUUUAGUUUGCAGGCCUGGAGAGGAUGUGUCAUUGCGAAGAGGUUUUCCCCUUCUUACUUGUUGAAUGGAGAUUAUCCAGCACAUCAUCCACUGUAAUCACGUUCCCCAGAAUUCCUCUUCCAUUCUCAAGAAUUUCACUUUCCUUUCUGUGCUGAGAUGAUUCGACUCCACAACCCCCACCCUCUACCUUUUUUGCAUCAGACUGAAAGGUUUCUGAGGGCAGGUACACUGUGUGACACCACUCUCACUGUGGAUGGUUACGCUUUCAAAGCACAUGCGUUGGUGCUGUCCUGGGCCAGCAAGACCCUUCAACGCCAGCUAAUAAACCAGAAUCCAGCUAAAGGCUACUGCUGCACAGUUGAUGGUGUUUCCCCACAAACUGUUAAGCAAAUCCUUGACUAUGUGUACAGUGCUUGCAUAGAAGUUCCAAAAGGGGACCUUCCAGCUUUGCUCAGGGGAGCUCACCAUCUGGAGAUGCAGUCACUUAUGGAGCAGUGUGAGUUGCAAAUGGGCUUCCAAGACAGGGUUAAAGGUAUAGAAGAAGAGAGAUCCUCCCCCGACAUUGAUGUAGGAGAAUGUGAUUCAAGAAAAAAAAUCCCCUCUUCUGAUGAAGUGUCUGUCAGUUCUUCUUUAGAGUCUCCUUCUCUGACACACUUUGACCAUGAAAGGUCACAGCGUGUUGCUAGCCUGUCACCCACACCACAGAAACCCCCCUUGUCCAUAACUGUAGCAUCUCCCACAGCCUCCAGGGAACCCGCCUCCUCUACCUCAUCACUGGCCCAGACCCCUCCACUCAACUGGCCCCCAAUAAACCCAUCACGCCAUAUGGUCCUUACUUAUACUGACAUCAUGGCAUUCCAGCACAUGGUGGCAUGUUCAUACCCCACACCUAUGUACCCCUUCUUACAGCACUCUCUCCAGCACCAGAUUCCCUCAUCUCUAAUGGGCUACACAGGGCUGCUUCAUCCACAUCAGCAUCUUAUUUAUCCUAGGCCUGUGACUCUUGAUAAUCCAGUUGUCCCAGAGGUCAAACGGAAGACUGACCACAUCAGUGCACUGCUGCCAGGAGCAGCGUCACAGGAGAGAGAAAGGAAGUCAAAGCAGCAGUCAGAUAAGGAGAGGCAUUGUAGACACUGCAGUAAGCCAGUGGUAGAAAACUGGAGACAGAGUGCCAGGUCAGCAUCUCCAGGUUUAGAGGAGCUUCUUCAUGAGUGUAAGUUCUGUCAGAGGGGUGUGAAAGAGAAGCGUUCACUGCGCUCGCUAAGAAGGGGCCACGGAGGAGAGAAACCCUACCAAUGCAAACACUGCAACAAGAGAUUCAGUCUGAAACACCAGCUAGAUACACAUCUCAGGGUUCAUACAGGUGAGAAGCCAUUUGAGUGUCGUCUGUGUGGUCAGCGGUCACGUGACUACUCUGCUAUGAUCAAGCAUUUGCGUACUCAUGGGGGUGCCACACCAUAUCAGUGCACAUUGUGUUUAGAGUUCUGCAGUAGCCUGGUUACCAUGCAGAAGCACCUGAAGAGUCAUCCGAGUCAAGACUUUCCCCCUAACUGGAGCCUGAGCAGCACCUACCUCUAUACCUGCCAUGCAUAAGAGCCAGCCAGACUCUCUUUGUGAUUAGGAUCAAAGAUAAAGAAAUAAUAAUACAUUAAUGGCAUUUAGCAGACACUCUUAUCCAGAGCAACAUACAACAUGUCCAGAGCAAUCUGGGGAACAGUGGGGGUUAGGUGCUAUGUUCAAGGGCACUUCAGGUAUUCUUGCUGGUCCAGGGAAUCAAACUGGCAACCUUUUGGUCCCAAAGCUGUUUCUCUAACCAUUAGGUCAUAUAUUAUAAUAUGCUCUGAUAAAGAAGUUAUUAUCAAGCACAUACUAAACUACUAGUGAAAAACAAAAUGUUUCACAGUAGCAAAUUGCAGGAUUUUAAGCAAACAGCAUAAUGUAUAUAGCAUGCAUUGUUUAAUGAAUUUGGUUUUCUCAGUUUGUCUGCACAAAGUUAACAGUGUUCUUAAAGUAUUUUAUAUUUUCUGAAGUGCCAUGGUAUAGUCUACAUAUGACAAUAUUUAUGAUCAAUUAAAAUAAAAGAUUGAAUAUUAAUUUAGGACAUUGUAUAUAUAGAAAAAGAAAGAAAUAAUUGUUUUACAUUUCACAGCAGUGGCAGGAAAGUUCUUCUUCAUCUCACUGUUGCUUUUUCUUAGCACUCAGGUCAUGCAUGAGAUAUAUUCAUGGAUUUUACAAUUAACAAAUUAAAGCAUUAUAAUUACUACCAGAGCAUGUGUU